GAAGGCAGGCGCCUUAGUCUUUAUUUUUCAACAAGUAUUUAUUGAAUACCUUCUUGAUGCUGGAUUUUUGCUAGUCACUGGGUGUACAGUAUUGAAGACAAACCCUCAGAGACCUUUUGAUCUAGUGGGAAAUGCAGACAUGAAAUAAGUGAUGGUAUGUAACAGAGAAAGUAUGGGGGUCAUGUAAUGGGGAGGGGGCAGGAAUAAUCUCUUAAGAAAAUGAUUUAUCUGAGACCUGAAGAGUUGGAGUAAGCCAGGUGUGAGCACUGGGGUGGGGCCAGGAGGAGGAAAAGGAGUGUACCUGGCAAGGGAAUAGCAUUUGUGCAGUUUGUCUAAUUGAAAGGUCAGUAAGGUUGGAAAAUAAAGUGUGGGAGGAAAAGUGGUAACAGAUAAGGCAGGAGAGUUAUUCAGGCCCAACACGGAGUGCCUUAUAAGGCAUUGUAAGGAGUUUUGACUUUAUUGCUAAGGGUGAUGGGACGCCAUUGGAGCAUUUUACAUAGUGGAGUGCUAAAUUUUGGUUUUAAAAAGUACACUUCUUAGAGAGGGCAAGAGUGGAUACAGGGAAAUGAUCAACAUGAUGGUGGCCAAAAUUGGGAUGACCCUGGGGACGAGAAGUAGAAACACUUAAAAAAUAUUUAGGAAGAAUAGUAGACAGGACUUGGUGAGGAUUAAAUGUAGAUGAUGGUGGAGAGGAGGGUUAGAAUAGUAUGUAAGGUUUUAUGAAAUAAUCAGACUCUGGCAGUGAUUAGUUAGCUUUUCCCAUAUGCAUAUUGACUCCUCUAUGGUCCAUUUUCAUCUACCUCUGGAAUAAUUGUCCAUUAAAUCAUUAGUGACGGCAAACCGAUUGAAAAGGAUUGUAAUGUUUUUCUGUUAUUCUCUAACUCAGGCUGUCUUUUGAAGAAGAUCAGAAUGGGGAAAGAGUUUUGUAAAUUAGCCAUUUAAAAACAAUCUGCCAUGUUGAUUUUGGUCCAUAAGAAGAUCACUAUAAACAAAAUUUCCACAAGAGAAAAUGUUGAAAUAGGAGUUGCGGAUACAUUGGAUAUACUGGAUGAAAUACAAGCGGUUAAUUUUUGUAACGUGAGGGAAAAGCCCACAUUGCUGGUUACAUGUGUAAAUCACUGCGUUAUUGCUUUAGUCAUUGUCUCUAUUUAGCAAUGACAAGACUGGAAGAAGUAAAUAGAGAAGUGAACAUGCAUUCUUCAGUGCGGUAUCUUGGCUAUUUAGCCAGAAUCAAUUUAUUGGUUGCUAUAUGCUUAGGUCUAUACGUAAGAUGGGAAAAAACAGCAAAUUCCUUAAUUUUGGUAAUUUUUAUUCUUGGUCUUUUUGUUCUUGGAAUCGCCAGCAUACUCUAUUACUAUUUUUCAAUGGAAGCAGCAAGUUUAAGUCUCUCCAAUCUUUGGUUUGGAUUCUUGCUUGGCCUCCUAUGUUUUCUUGAUAAUUCAUCCUUUAAAAAUGAUGUAAAAGAAGAAUCAACCAAAUAUUUGCUUCUAACGUCCAUAGUGUUAAGGAUAUUGUGCUCUCUGGUGGAGAGAAUUUCUGGUUAUGUCCGUCAUCGGCCCACUUUACUAACCACAGUUGAAUUUCUGGAGCUUGUUGGAUUUGCCAUUGCCAGCACAACUAUGUUGGUGGAGAAGUCUCUGAGUGUCAUUUUGCUUGUUGUAGCUCUGGCUAUGCUGAUUAUUGAUCUGAGAAUGAAAUCUUUCUUAGCUAUUCCAAACUUAGUUAUUUUUGCAGUUUUGUUAUUUUUUUCCUCAUUGGAAACUCCCAAAAAUCCGAUUGCUUUUGCGUGUUUUUUUAUUUGCCUGAUAACUGAUCCUUUCCUUGACAUUUAUUUUAGUGGACUUUCAGUAACUGAAAGAUGGAAACCCUUUUUGUACCGUGGAAGAAUUUGCAGAAGACUUUCAGUCGUUUUUGCUGGAAUGAUUGAGCUUACAUUUUUUAUUCUUUCAGCAUUCAAACUUAGAGACACUCACCUCUGGUAUUUUGUAAUACCUGGCUUUUCCAUUUUUGGAAUUUUCUGGAUGAUUUGUCAUAUUAUUUUUCUUUUAACUCUUUGGGGAUUCCAUACCAAAUUAAAUGACUGCCAUAAAGUAUAUUUUACUCACAGGACAGAUUACAAUAGCCUUGAUAGAAUCAUGGCAUCCAAAGGGAUGCGCCAUUUUUGCUUGAUUUCAGAGCAGUUGGUGUUCUUCAGUCUUCUUGCAACAGUGAUUUUGGGAGCAGUUUCCUGGCAGCCAACAAAUGGAAUUUUCUUGAGCAUGUUUCUAAUCGUUUUGCCAUUGGAAUCCAUGGCUCAUGGGCUCUUCCAUGAAUUGGGUAACUGUUUAGGAGGAACAUCUGUUGGAUAUGCUAUUGUGAUUCCCACCAACUUCUGCAGUCCUGAUGGUCAGCCAACACUGCUUCCCCCAGAACAUGUACAGGAGUUAAAUUUGAGGUCUACUGGCAUGCUCAAUGCUAUCCAAAGAUUUUUUGCAUAUCAUAUGAUUGAGACCUAUGGAUGUGACUAUUCCACAAGUGGACUGUCAUUUGAUACUCUGCAUUCCAAACUAAAAGCUUUCCUCGAACUUCGGACAGUGGAUGGACCCAGACAUGAUACGUAUAUUUUGUAUUACAGUGGGCACACCCAUGGUACAGGAGAGUGGGCUCUAGCAGGUGGAGAUACACUACGCCUUGACACACUUACAGAAUGGUGGAGAGAAAAGAAUGGUUCCUUCUGUUCCCGACUUAUUAUCGUAUUAGACAGCGAAAAUUCAACCCCUUGGGUGAAAGAAGUGAGGAAAAUUAAUGACCAGUAUAUUGCAGUGCAAGGAGCAGAGUUGAUAAAAACAGUAGAUAUUGAAGAAGCUGACCCGCCACAGCUAGGUGACUUUACAAAAGACUGGGUAGAAUAUAACUGCAACUCCAGUAAUAACAUCUGCUGGACUGAAAAGGGACGCACAGUGAAAGCAGUAUAUGGUGUGUCAAAACGGUGGAGUGACUACACUCUGCAUUUGCCAACGGGAAGCGAUGUGGCCAAGCACUGGAUGUUACACUUUCCUCGUAUCACAUAUCCCCUAGUGCAUUUGGCAAAUUGGUUAUGUGGUCUGAACCUUUUUUGGAUCUGCAAAACUUGUUUUAGGUGCUUGAAAAGAUUAAAAAUGAGUUGGUUUCUUCCUACUGUGCUGGACACAGGACAAGGCUUCAAACUUGUCAAAUCUUAAUUUGGACCCCAAAGCGGGAUAUUAAUAAGCACUCAUACUACCAAUUAUCACUAACUUGCCAUUUUUUGUAUGCUGUAUUUUUAUUUGUGGAAAAUACCUUGCUACUUCUGUAGCUGCUCUCACUUUGUCUUUUCUUAAGUAAUUACGGUAUAUAUAAGGCGUUGGGAAAAAACAUUUUAUAAUGAAAGUAUGUAGGGAGUCAGAUGCUUACCAUAAAUGCAUAAGAGACGUUAAAAAUAACACUGCACUUUCAGGAAUGUUUGCUUAUGGUCCUGAUUAGAAAGAAAACAGUUGUCUAUGCUCUGCAAUGGCCAAUGAUGAAUUACUAAUGCCUUAUUUUCUAGGCAUAUAAUAGUUUAGAGAAUGUAGACCAGAUAAAUUUGUUUACUGUUUUAAGAAAACUACCAGUUUACUUACAGAAGAUUCUUUUUUCCAAACAGUAGGUUUCAUCCAAGACCAUUUGAAGAACUGCAAACUCUUUCUCUUAGAAAAGAAAGAGGGCAGCCUAAAAUAAACGCAAAAUUUGCUUAUACUCCAUCACAUUCAGAUGUCUUGGUUGCGACUUAUUACCAGUGUGGCAGAGAACCCAAGUUACAUUUUAGAUCAAAAUAUUCUUUAUGUAGGUAUUGUUAAAAGGCUAGAGCCUACAAGUUGCUCUUCCAUGCAUUGGUCAGGGGGCCCUGAAAACACUGGUAAUAUUAAGAGUCUUUCUCAGGGUAACUUAAUGUUUUCUUAAUGAACAAUGUUUCCAGCUACAAAUUCUUCCAAUAAAUUGUCUUCCUUUUUGAAAAGUACUCUCAUAGAAGAAAUUUAGCAAUUUCUCGUUGACUGACUCAGUCUAUUUUAAGUAUUCAGAAAAGAUUUUGAUCCCCAUUGAGUUAAUGCUCUGCCUUGAAAAUUAUUUUUCUGAUCCUUGUUAGUGAUAACAUUUUUUUUCUACUGAAGGUUAGAGGAAAGGAAACAAGUAUUUCUCUUCUUGUAUACAUGGAAUGUAUUCUGUAAAAAAGUAUUCAUAUUGGCAAUUUUAGUUAGGCAUAAUAUUGUGGUUGUCAUUUUUAAAACUUAGUGUUUUGUCUGAUUAAAGCAGGCACUGAUCAGGGUAUCUCCUAAGAGGUAAUUCACUUCUUAUUCCUUUCCAAUAAUUAUUACAUUCUAAAUUUUCAUCUAUGAGAAAUAACAAGAAGGGAAUAGAAUUAAAUUGGGGUAUAAUCAUCUAAUCUUCAUUGUUUAAAUGGUUUGCCUUCUCACCGUUGAAGCCAUUUUUUAUAGCCUCAGAAAGAGGAAAUAAUGCCUCCACCAUUUUCUACCUGGUGACUUGAAAAUUGAACUUUUACGUUAGGAAGAAGUUAGAGUCAGGGAACUUGUAUACCACUAUCUAUGCAGCAUUGUUAUAGUCUGAUUAUUUCUGUGUUUUGAAUAUGAUUUUCCUAAUGCUCUAAAUAAAAUUUUGUUAAAAAUUAA